GUUCACGUUCAUUAAUAAUUAACAAUUAAUCAAACUGAAGCCAGUCAAACUCAUCAUCAAUCUCAAUACUCAUUUAUUAUUAUUAUUAUAGAUAUUAAAGCUAGUGCAAGUGUUCUCCAUCAUAGUACACUGACAGUGUACGUGGGGAUGAAAAUGGCGGCCGUGACAUCUUCGUCAUCGCCUAUUGGAUUCAAGAAGAUUUAUGGGCUCUCGUGUUCGUCAUCUUCCGAGGUGAGUGGGCGGAACAGAUCGCAGUGCAAACCCGCCAUAUGUUCUUCCAAAUCGGAGAUGUUUGGGGGGAGUGUCAGUGUGUGUGUUAAUCUGCGAGGGAGCAAUGCCGGACGCAAUGGGAAGGGAGGGUUGCGCUCUGUCCCUGUGGUUUCUCCUAAAGCUGUUUCUGAUUCCAGCUCUUCCCAGACUUGUCUUGACCCUGAUACCAGCACUAGUGUUCUGGGCAUCAUUCUUGGAGGUGGAGCUGGGACGCGGCUUUAUCCUCUUACCAAGAAAAGAGCGAAACCGGCUGUCCCUCUGGGUGCAAAUUAUCGGUUGAUUGACAUCCCGGUUAGCAAUUGCUUGAACAGCAACAUAUCAAAGAUCUAUGUGCUCACUCAAUUUAAUUCAGCAUCUCUUAAUCGCCACUUAUCAAGGGCGUAUGCUAGUAAUAUGGGUGGUUACAAGAAUGAAGGGUUCGUUGAAGUUCUUGCAGCUCAGCAAAGCCCAGAGAAUCCAAACUGGUUCCAGGGUACAGCUGAUGCUGUGAGGCAGUAUCUGUGGCUCUUUGAAGAACACGACGUUCUUGAAUUUCUGGUUCUUGCUGGAGAUCAUUUAUACAGGAUGGAUUAUGCGAAAUUCAUCCAAGCACACAGAGAAACUGAUGCUGAUAUAACAGUUGCUGCAUUACCAAUGGAUGAAAAACGUGCUACGGCUUUUGGACUGAUGAAGAUUAAUGAGGAGGGAAGGAUAAUAGAGUUUGCAGAGAAGCCGAAAGGGGAACAACUAAAGGCAAUGCGGGUUGACACCACGAUUUUAGGUCUUGAUGAUGAGAGAGCAAAGGAAAUGCCUUAUAUUGCAAGUAUGGGUAUCUAUGUUUUCAGUAAGGAUGCAAUGUUGAAUUUACUGCGCGAGAAAUUCCCAGGCGCCAAUGAUUUUGGAAGUGAAGUUAUUCCAGGUGCUACUUCAAUCGGUAUGAGGGUGCAAGCCUAUUUGUAUGAUGGUUACUGGGAAGACAUUGGGACUAUUGAGGCUUUCUACAAUGCUAAUCUGGGGAUCACGAAGAAGCCUGUGCCCGAUUUCAGUUUCUACGAUCGUUCCUCUCCAAUCUAUACACAACCACGUUACCUACCACCUUCCAAAAUGCUCAAUGCUGAUGUUACCGACAGUGUCAUUGGUGAGGGUUGUGUCAUAAAGAAUUGUAAGAUUCACCAUUCUGUUAUCGGUCUGCGUUCAUGCAUUUCAGAGGGUGCAAUCAUAGAGGACACCCUGUUGAUGGGAGCUGACUAUUAUGAGACUGAUGCAGAUAGAAGACUCCUAGUAGCAAAAGGUAGUGUUCCAAUUGGUAUUGGCAAGAAUACUCACAUAAAGCGGGCAAUAAUUGACAAAAACGCCCGCAUUGGAGACAAUGUGAAGAUCAUUAACAGUGACAAUGUGCAAGAGACAGCAAGAGAAACAGAUGGAUACUUCAUCAAGAGCGGCAUUGUCACUGUAAUCAAAGAUGCUUUAAUUCCUAGUGGAACAAUUAUUUGAAGAUGAAGAUCAUCUUUAAGCAGCCCAAGAGCCAUUUUACUUGACUAAAUUCCUGUCUUUUUUUGCACCUACUCUAUAGAGCAAAAUCAUGCAAUAAAAUGUAGUCAUUUAGCCAGAUUAAGACAAGGACGUGAAGUGCAAUGCCAAUGCAUGCUUUACCAUGUUGAUCUGACUUGUCUUUAAUCCUAAAUGUUUUCUUGGAUGCUUUUUCCUCA